UAUAGUGCAUCAUAUUAAGUUUUUUUGUGCACCUCCUGCUGAUAUUAUAUCAUGCUGCUACUUAUUUUUAUCCAUAAACGUGGUGGCUACAUUAGAGGAAAGUGUUAAAUGCGUUAACAUAAUGGCCAACGCGAUUUCGACAGUGGAUCCGAAGGAGAUCGAUCAUUACUCUGCUUGGAAGAAUUCAUGGUGGGAUGAAAACCAAGGAAAACCAAGGUUACUUCACACAUUUAAUCCCGCCAGAGUAGAAUUCGUUAGAAAAGGUUUGGCCAAUACUGGUUUCAUAUCACAGAACCUAGCUUUUCCGUUGAACGGAAUCAAAAUCGCGGAUGUUGGCUGUGGUGGUGGUAUAUUGACCGAGUCUCUGGCUAGAGCAGGAGCACAGAUGGCUGGAAUUGAUGCAGCUACAGAUUUGAUUGAUAUUGCUAAAGAGCAUGUGCAACUGGAUCCUACUAUAUCGGAUCGAGUUAAUUAUUUCUGCACAACUAUAGAAGAGUUUUCUCAGAAUAAUAAAGAAUCAUACGACGCUGUUGUAGCUUCUGAGGUUGUGGAACACGUGACAGAUCCUGAGUUGUUUCUAAAGGAAUGCGUAAAGAUUCUGAAACCCGGCGGAUCAAUUUUCGUGACCACAAUAAACAAAACUCUGGCGUCUUGGUUGGGUGCUAUUAUAAUAGCAGAAUAUAUCUGGAAAAGUGUACCUUGUGGCAGUCAUCAGUGGAGUAAGUUUAUCGCCCCUGAUGAAAUUGAACGAAUUUUAGAAAAAUAUGACUGCAAAACAAAAUUAAGUGAGGGUAUAGUAUUCAAUCCCCUGUCGUAUACUUUCUCUCUCUCCUCAUAUAAAGGGAUUAAUUAUGCAGUUCAUGCAGUUAAGAAAAAGAAGAUUGACGCAUAACUAAAUCGAUUGACAAUUAUGGCUACUCUUGUUUGUGUCAGGGACUUUAGUGUGUAUGUGCGUCUACUAAGGAUCACAUUAUUAUAUAGAAAAAGUACAUAUUAAACUCGCGCUUUAUAACUCGGGGUGGUAUCCAUAUAUUUAUAACAAUAAAUAAGGUGGAAUAAAAAAAGGUGGAAGUAUGUAUACGACUGUUAUAUGGUAUGAAAACAAUGCGUUUUAUUAUAACAAACUUAGUUUAUCCAGAAAAAUGGUACCUUGUAAUACAGUAUUAAUGCUGAGGAAAGGA